AUGUCAAAACUACAGCUGUUCGCUCUCGUUUUUCUUGGUAUCGUUUUCGAUCUCGGAUUCACCGCAAAGAGUCCUUCGGAUAUUGCGGCUGAAAGACAACGAGAGGAUUUGGCGAAAAUCAAGUAUUACAAUUGGCUCCUUUUAAGGCAUCGAACUGCCAAACAAGUCAUCGAAAAGGCAAAUGAGGAACUGAAAGAGAAACGUCUCAAGAUGCUGCAAACCCUUAUUGAGACUCCGGCCCCGCACAAUGUCACUUUGAUCAUCACUGAGCAAAAUUACAAUAAACUGGACAAAAUGAUCAAACCACUGAAUAAGCAUGUGAUGAAAGAAAAUGAGACUCCGGCUGCGAAACUUCUCACAUCUCAUCGUCAACCACCGAAAAUCGAUGGAGAAGCGAGAACGAAUAAUUUCGUCGAAUUUCAAUUGACCAAACGCGAUUAUGAGAAAUUGAAAAAGUUUUUGAGCCCUAAAACUGUCAUUGUUAAAACCUAA